GUUUUAUUUUAAAAAAAUUCUAUUUUUACUGUUUUUUGAUAUAAGGAUUCUAAUAUUACUGUUGAGAAGCUGAAUAGAGAGAAUCCGUCAACCUCUUGUCUCACGCAUACUAUAAUUAGAUUUUCGAACCAUUAAAACCAAAAAGCCCAAAAAACUAACAAAAAAACAAAACAAAAACCACCUCACCUUCCCAUUCCACCAAAACCACUUUUAUCGUUUUUAUCAAUUUGUUUCCUAUUUUUCCAAUUUUACAAAACCAAUAUACCCAAUAUCCAAAAAAAAAUUUCAAAUUCCUCCUUUAAUUUUCUGGUUCUUGCGGUCUGACGAGUCAUUAGCGGUGGCGUUGGGUUUUUGAAUUAGGAGCGUACACGUGUAAAAAUGGUAACGGCUGUGAUGGAAGGGGAGUGGGGCACGUGGGAGGAGCUCUUAUUGGGCGGUGCCGUACUCCGCCAUGGGACUCGGGACUGGGACACGGUCGCCGCCGAACUCCGAGCAAGAGCCCUUUGUUCUUACAAUUAUACCGGACAGGUGUGCAAAGCCAAAUAUGAAGAUUUGCAACAUCGUUAUAGAGGAUGCACGGCUUGGUUUGAGGAGCUACGAAAGAAGCGAAUGGCAGAGCUGAGGCAGGCUUUGGACCAUUCAGAAGACUCAAUAGGAUCUCUUGAAACAAAACUUGAAACUCUGAAGGCUGAAAAAGGCGUCCCUCGAGUCAACUAUGCCUCCAGCCAAACUGAAUCACCUUCAACUUUGCAAAAGUUAGAAGGAGUUGAUUCCUUCAGUAAAGAGUCCAAGGAUGGUCUUUCUGCUGGUAGUUUUACUCUGGAAACAAGAACAAGCUGGUCGGCUGAAUGUCUAAAUCCGUGCACUGUCUCAGCCGAAGAGACAGAGACAAAGCUUAAAGAUUUACACUCUUUCAAGACAGCAGAAGCGUGUAAUACUGAGAAGUUAGCAGACCAUGUACAUGAAAGACAAGGAAGUAUACUUAAGAAAAGGAGAGGGAAAAGAAAGAGAAAAGAUUGUAGCAGGGACAUCAAAGAAAGCAGUGUUGGAGAAAGUGGAUUCUUAGAUUCAGCUGAGGCUGUAACUGCUUUUCGGUCUAAAGAAAAUACAACCAGCGAUUGUGGUGAGGUUUCUAGAUCUUCUGGUUUAGAUAAUCAGAGUAAAGGGACAAAGAAGGAUAGCAUUGAUGAUCUGUUGAAGAUUUUCAACUCCAUUGUGGAACAUAAAUGUGCCUCUACCUUUCGUCGUCGGCUUGACAGCCAGAAGAGAGGAAGAUACAAGAAAAUGAUUAGGAAGCACAUGGAUUUUGACACUUUAAGAUCAAGAAUCACCAGCCGAUCGGUGAUGUCAGUUAAAGAGCUCUUUCGAGAUCUUCUGCUGCUUGCGAAUAAUGCCUUAGUUUUCUACUCCAAGAACACACGUGAACACAAGUCUGCUUUGCUUCUAAGAGACCUCACCACGAAAACAUUGCUCCAGCAUUUCAAAGACUCUACAAGCAUCAAGGCUGCCUCAGCCAACAUCUCUGUCAUAACAACAAUUCAAAGUAGUCCUCCUCCUCUUCCUCCUCAAGUUAAACCCAGAAGCAAUCAUUCUGGCAAUAACAAAAACUCGGCUGUUAAACCAACCCAUCCGAAGAUUAAUGAUGCUGCGAAGAGUCCCAAGAAAGGCUCUAGUCAGGCAAGAAGAGUUGGACGUAAAAGUAAUACUCAACAACAACCAACCGUUGCUCCUGCAAAGGGAAGGAAACGAGGCCGGGUAAGGUGAAAGUAGUGCAAAUUUAAAUUGGUUCAACUAGUACUAGCCUAUGUUAAACCAGGUAGAGCUUCAGGGUUUAGAUUCAGCAGAUAUGGUAGCCUAGGGAUGUCUUUCUUGUACAAAUUUUUAGUCUUUUUCAUCUGGUAAUGUAAGACUUGAGAAGUUAUGAUCUUUCAAUGUAAUAUACUUAGCUGAAAAGGAACACAAGAAUAUGAUUUUGUAGAGCAGUUACCUGAUGUUCUUUCUCUAUUUUGUGCCUAUAUUUGUAAAACAUGCACCUCGAGUUUUGUGAUCA